GCUGGUUCGCAUAUGAGCCCACGUCGCAAGACGAGGAAGAAAUCUGUACACGGAAGUGUACCAGGAUUUGCAUGUAUGAGAUUUGUUUCCUACUGUAGACUUGCUCACUUUAACUUGCUCUUUUCUCUGUCGGUUAGUUAAGCUGUGUUGGCAUUACAUGAUGGGACAGUCGGCGUGGAAACCCUGAUAAGAUGAUGAGCAGCCAUCAGCAGACGGUUGAUAUCCAGUGCGGGUCAAUGGACGCCAGGACUUGAAGUGCUGCUGUUUUGACAGCUGGGUUUGAGGCUCCAGUACCUGGACUGUCUGCUUGACAGAGAGCUGCUGAGAACGGACAAGACCCGAGGUUGAAAUCCUAAGGGGCUUGUUUUAUGUAGAGACGACCAUCCGCGUCAGUGACGUUGCUUUAAAAGCGAAGGAAAGGCUCAAAGCCUCACCCAGCGUCUGGUGGCCAUGGCCUCCUCCCGGCUGAAGUACCUCUCUCUGGGCGUGCUGGUGUUCCAGACCACCUCCCUGGUGCUCACCAUGCGGUACUCGCGCACCCUGCAGGCCGAGGGCCCGCGGUACCUGGCCUCCUCAGCGGUGGUGGUGGCCGAGGUCAUGAAGAUCCUCACCUGUGUGCUGCUCGUCCUCAAAGAGCACAGUUACAGCAUGCGAGCACUGAAUAGCAUCCUGCGUCAGGAAAUUGCCCACAAACCCAUAGAAACACUGAAGCUGGCGAUCCCCUCUGGGAUCUACACGCUGCAGAACAACCUGCUGUAUGUCGCCUUGUCCAACCUGGACGCGGCCACCUACCAGGUGACGUACCAGCUGAAGAUCCUGACCACAGCUCUGUUCUCAGUGUCGAUGCUGGGCCGCAAGCUGGGCGUCUACCAGUGGCUCUCACUGCUGAUUCUUAUGGCCGGAGUUGCUCUCGUGCAGUGGCCCUCUGAGACCACAGUGACCCCAGAGAAGGAGGCCCUCUCCGCAGGCUCUCAGUUCAUCGGCGUGAUGGCGGUUCUGGUGGCAUGCUGUUCCAGUGGGUUCGCUGGGGUCUACUUUGAGAAGAUCCUGAAGGAGAGCAAACAGAGCGUCUGGGUCCGCAACAUCCAGCUCGGGAUGUUUGGCCUGGUGUUUGGCCUCUUUGGGAUGCUGGCCUAUGAUGGAGAGAGGGUGAAGGAGUCAGGCAUGUUCCAGGGCUACAACACAAUCACUUGGACUGUUGUGGCACUGCAGGCGCUGGGUGGUCUGGUCAUAGCAGCGGUCAUCAAGUAUGCAGACAACAUCCUCAAGGGCUUUGCUACAUCGCUCUCCAUCAUCCUGUCGACUCUUAUAUCGUAUUUCUGGCUACAGGACUUUGACCCCACCAGCGUUUUUUUCCUGGGGGCCAUUUUGGUCAUCGCGGCCACUUUCCUGUACGGCUAUGAAGGCAAGCCGUCCCCCAACCCCAGCAGAGCGUAGGACACUCGCGGCUGACGCUAUGGCAGCAGUAGGAGGUCCUGUUGAAGCGUGAAGAUAUGGAGGGGAAAGGAGGAAAAGAAGGGGAAAGGUCUUUAUCAUAUAUUGUGAUCACAACAAAGAAGAAACAGAGAAGGAAUAGCAGUAGAGGAGGUAAGCAGGUUGGGAAGAGAAGACAGGCAGGGAAGGAUUAAAAAAAAAACAGCAAGCACAACGCUGCGGUGGGUCUCACACACCAGAAGUGCCUCAGCUGAGAAGAGUAAAAGGUGAGAAAAGAAAACUGUUUAUAACUGCCGCUGUAGAGAUAAUCCUGGCUGUCACACCUCCAGAUCUGGAGAGAUAUUCUUGUCAGGACCAACUGAUUGUGAUCAUUAAGAACCUGCUUGACUGCCGGUCACCGUUACUGCCACAUCCAUCACAGCAAUACACUAAGGGAUGGAAGAGGCAGACAUGCAGGACUUCUUGAAACUUCUUCAUAUCUUAUUUUUUUAGACGUAGUGUCAGCUUGUUCACCUCAGAGCUGCAGUAUUUCAGGCUCCUCCUUGUCCCAGUUGAAAGCACAUUUUUUAAGCCAUGAGCCCCCACAGCCAUUGUUUACUCUAAAGCUGUAACAGUCAAAUGGUCAAGGUUAGCGCUGGUUCUGUGGUUUGGUCAAAGUCUGCUACAGAUGUGGGAUUUGUACACAUCUUAAAAGGACUGUGUGCCUGGCAGGUAUAACCUGGGGCAAAACAAAACUAAACAAAAAAAAAACCUCACGAGUCAAUGCUCCAAGAGCCUUUAGACUGUGGAAGCUGAAGUAACUUGUGAUGUUUCCGUUAUUAGAGCACUCAUGGUGGCUUUUGUUCACCUAUUUGUGGAAAGGAUUUCAGUUGCCGGGCAGCAUAUAGUCACUGGGACGCCUUUGGUAACAUACAGAGUGUGUCUCCGUGCUGGGACUGUUUUACUGUAUGACUCUGAUGUGUUUGGUGGCGUUAAAUGUUUGAUGUCUGUGACCUGGGUGAAUGGAUAAAAUGCUACAGGAAUAACCUAAUCUGACGCUUUUGUAGGCUGUAACACAUGUUUAUUGUCCUAAAGAAAAGAAUGGUUUAAUUAUGUGGUGAAGAUUAUUUUGUACAACAUGAAAUUAUUAUUAUUAUUAUCAUUAUUAUUAUUAUUAUUAUUAUUAUUAUUAUUAACCUUGGCUGUAAUUGAUAGAACCAUUUAAACUGUAAUCUAUAUGAAUCUCAAUGAAUUGUCUGUUUAACUUGUUCCUUGAGUGAUUAGGCGUUUACAUGACUAUUCAAAGCCGCAGAUAACAAUUUCCUGUGCUCCUGUCACAAUAUGAUCUGUUGAUUUUGUGGCAGGGUUGUUAAAAAUUACUGACUGUGGCCCAGCUAAGUCUGAACUGACUGAAUUGUUGAUACUCGCUUCAUCAGACAUCCGUGAGGUAUUAUUUUCAGGACGGAAGGUAACCUUGGAUUGUGGUGUUUUUCUUCUGGAACCACUUCUUUUUCUUUCUUUUUUUCUUGGGAUAAAGCGGGUAUAAUUAAUGACUUUAUUAUUUUAAUUACUGAUAUGUGAAUCUUUUAUAAAAGAAAAAUAUUACCUUUGA